CAUACAGUAGGCGGAAUCGGAGCGAGUGCGCAGUGAUUCCAGCUGAGACUCUAGAGAGACUACGGCUUUUUGUGUUCUUUAUUCUUAUAUACAGUAUCGGUGUGUGAAAAGCUUAGGAAACAGGUUUGACUGAAAUGCUUUAAAUCUGAACCACAUAUUGAUAACUUGAAAAUCUGAAACUACGUUGUCAUUGCUUCGCAGGAAACAAUGCAUUGAGCAGAAUACUGACUUCAGGGCUCGUGUUUUGCUAAACGCAAAGGGUGACAGUGUUUACAAAUGACGCACGGGCUGUAUUAGAAAAAAAAAGGUUAACAAAACUACGGUCAGGGGGGAUUCUGAACAGUGUAAAAUAGGCUCUCAAUGACACUGGAAUGUGAAGUGGGUGUUCUCAUUUCUUCUCCGGGUGAGCUUGUGAACUAAACUUGGAGAAUCCUGAAUAACUCUUUUGGGUCUGGACGGGGAACAGAAAGAACCAUGAACAUAUCGACUCAGUUUAACUUCACGACCUCAACUUGGAAACCGGAGUCAGUGAUCAUCCCCUUGGUCUUUUCGCUCAUUUUCCUGGUUGGGACUGUAGGGAAUAGCCUGGUUCUGGCCGUGCUACUCCGCAACGGUCAGAUGAACAACAAUACCACCAACCUUUUUAUCUUGAACCUGGGAGUUGCGGAUCUGUGCUUUAUCGUUUUCUGUGUCCCUUUCCAAGCCACAAUCUACACCAUGGACGAAUGGAUCUUCGGUCCCUUGGUGUGCAAAGCUGUCCAUUUCUUCAUUUACCUCACCAUGUACGCCAGCAUCUUUACACUGGCCACGGUCUCGCUCGACAGGUACCUGGCAAUUCGCUAUCCUCUCCGCUCCAGGGAGCUGCGGACUCCCAAAAACGCGCUGACAUCAAUCUGCUUCAUCUGGGGGCUGUCACUCAUCUUCUCUGGCCCCUACCUAAGCUAUUACAAGCAAAUCAACUUGAACGGGACUGUCGUCUGCAUCCCAGUAUGGGGAGUUCCUCAUCGCAAGGUCAUGGAUAUCUGCACCUUCGUCUUCGGGUACCUCAUCCCUGUGCUCAUCCUCAGCCUGACCUAUGCCCGCACCAUCCGCUACCUGUGGACAGCUGUGGAUCCUCUGGAAGACAUGUCAGAGUCCAGAAGAGCCAAACGCAAGGUCACCAAGAUGAUCAUCAUUGUGGCCGUUCUCUUCUGCCUGUGCUGGCUGCCCCACCACCUGGUCAUCUUGUGCCUGUGGUUCGGCUACUUCCCCCUCAACCAGGCCACCUACAUCUUCCGCAUCCUCUCCCACCUGGUUGCCUACGCCAACUCCUGCCUCAACCCCAUUGUCUACGCCCUGGUGUCCAAGCACUUUCGGAAGGGCUUCAAGAAGGUCUUCAGCUGUAUCCUGCGCAAGAAGGUCAUCAACAAAGUCCACGUGGUCCAGGUGGCCAACACGGUGAGCACAGUGGACGCCGGCUCCACUGAGGUCUCACACGUCAGUGAGCCCCAGCCCCAGACCACCACCGGCAGCCAGGACCCCGGAAGACGCUGGGGAAAGACGGAGAAAAGCAGCUAUCGAGGAAAGUCACCCAGCACCUUUAUUUCCUUCAAUGUGACAUAGCUGCACCCGAGCCUCCUUCCUGACACGCAGCCUUUGAAAGAGCAAUGUUGGAGAAGGGCAUUCUCCAGCACUCAGAACACAUAAACAGAGAUUGAUCAGACCUGAUUGUGUCUGACAGUAGCCCUUUUCUUCUCCUUCAUGAGAGUAAUUAAAGAACUUCUUAGGUUUGUGUAGUUAAGGCAAUGGGUUUCUCAAUGCAGAGUAUUGGGUGCUCACAUCCAGCAGGCAGUCUGAGUGGGUGGAGGAAGCACAUCAGCCUACUGAUAAUAUAUUGUCCUGCAUUUCUCUUCUUCAUUAGGUGUCAAGUUCAAAUUUAAACUGUUCUUUUGUGAAGGAAAAAAAUGUACAAGGAGGGUGGAUUGUGCAAUUCUUGCAGCUGAGCAGAUGCAUGAUGCUGAUACCAAAUAAUGUAUUAAAUUUAUUGCAGAAUGCUCCAUGAGCAUCAUGAGUUUCUUAAAUGUGGAAGGAAGUGUUUAUUUCUGUGUUUCAGUGAUGCAUUUUAAUUUCUUCAGAACUGGGAGGUAACUGAGGGUUUAUGGGCAAGCAGAUUUAUCUACAGUAUGUUACCUAGCCCGCUUUUUUUCUUGUUUUCAAAAAUAAUAGCCAGAAAUUAAGAGAGGUACUCUGAAGCCAAACUAAAUAGAAAAUAAAUGGGGUUCAAGAAAAUCUUGUUAGUUUCCAAAGAGCAGGUUUUCUCUAGAGAACUGUGAAGGCUUUUGGGCAGGUGCUGUUGGCACAGUGGCCUUCAGUGAGGUACUCUGAGAUAAAACACUCAGCUUGUUCUUAAUUGCUGUCAUCCUGUACAUCAGAGGUAAUUAAGCUGUUCUAGGUACCAACUGUUCAUGGAAAAAUACAGAGUUGCAGUCCCAUUUAACUCUCUGUGUUGACCUAGACAGCUCUUUUAUGCAUCAGUAAGAAAAUGUGAAAGUGUUAUUUACUGGCUUGUAACAAGAUUUCGCAAAGUGAUUCUUUCUUCAUGUGCAGUGAAUUACAUAGAUUACAAGCUUUUGUUGAGUAUUACCAUUAAAGGAAAGCCAAAGUUUUUGUAUUGCAUUACACAUUAAUCAGUAUUUAUUUUUUCAUUUGAUAAUAAGUGUUAAAAGUUUAAGAACAGUAUUUUGUUUUUACUUUUUUUUUCAGUUUUGUUGAUCUACUGGGAAAAGUCUAACUCAACAUGUCUACAAGCACUAGUUAUUGUUGCUAUUUUUAGUAUGUAGUUAUAGAUAUAAAAUUUGUGUCAACUGUUUACCAUGCAGAUCAACUAUAACACUGUUGCUCCUGAAAUAAAUUACUCCCAAAUAA